AUGUCAUGCGACGAGAUCCCCAUGGAUAUCCUGUUCUCAGAGAGCGGAGAGUCAUGCUCUACAGCUCCCACCAGUCCCAGCGCAAGUCCUCUGUUUCGCCCUUCAGACGUUGAUGAUCCCAAGUUAGCGCUGCCUGAGUCAACCCCACCUACUGAAGAACACCACCGAGCCCAUCCUGUCAAGAAUGUGUGUGUAGUUGGUGCCGGAUACGUUGGAGGUCCCACGGCCGCCGUCUUGGCCCUGCACAACCCUGACGUGGUAGUGGAAGUAUUGGAUCGUGACCCACAACGUAUCAAACAAUGGAAAUCCCCGCAUUUGCCUGUCCAUGAGCCUGGAUUGGAUAGCCUCGUGAGAGUGGUUCGUGACGGCGUGGAGAGUGACCAGAGUGAGAUCUCUCGACGUCAACGGAACCUGUAUUUCACAUGUGAAUCUGCGCGCGCGAUCGCGAAGGCGGACAUUAUCUUCAUGGCAGUCAAUACACCCACGAAGAUGUUCGGCGUCGGCGCUGGGUCUGCGACUAACAUGGUUGCGUUUGAUGGUGCCUUGAGAGAUGUUGCAGCUCAUGCGAAGUCUGGGGCAAUAAUCGUUGAGAAGAGCACGGUACCCGGGGGCACAGCGGAGCGAGUGCGAAAAAUGCUUGCUGCUCACCGGCCUGGGGCCUCUUUUGAGGUGCUUUCUAACCCAGAGUUUCUCGCCGAAGGCACUGCCAUUAAGAAUCUCACAACACCCGACCGUGUCUUGAUCGGAUCCGCCGCAACUCCCGCCGGACGCCAGGCCGCUCGCACAUUGGCCAAUCUAUACAAAGCCUGGAUUCCUGCAGACCGAAUCUUGGAAACGAAUACGUGGUCCUCGGAGCUCACGAAGCUUGUUGCUAAUGCGAUGUUGGCCCAACGGAUCAGUAGCAUUAACUCCAUCAGUGCCAUAUGCGAGCGCACCGGUGCAGACGUGGAUCAGGUAGCCAAGGGCAUUGGCAUGGAUGCUCGCAUUGGACCUCAAUUCCUCAAGGCGGGACUAGGGUUUGGGGGCUCCUGCUUUCGAAAGGACAUUGCCAGUCUGUCAUAUUUGGCUGCCUCGCUGGGGUUGGAUGACGUGGCCUUGUACUGGCAACAAGUCAAUAUUAUGAAUGAGCGCCAGCGGGACCGAUUUUCGCGGAAGAUAAUUGAGCGAUUUGAAGGGAACUUGGUGGGUCAUAAGCUCGCGAUUCUUGGGUUUGCUUUCAAGAAGAAUACGGGUGAUACUCGCGAGUCGUUGGCCGUGGAAAUUAUUCGAUCGCUGCUAGAAGAGCGACCGGCCGAGAUUACCAUUUUUGACCCCUAUUGUCGCCAAGAAGAUAUCAUGCGGGAGCUAGGGCCAGGAAUCGCGGAGAUGGGGAUCGUAAAAGUCCACAGUGACCCAUAUCUGGCCUGUUCACAAGCCCAUGCCAUCUUGCUGGUCACGGAUUGUGAUCAGUUCCGCUACAGCCCGAUGAAGAAACCCAAUUGGAGCAUCUCAGAUCAAUCGACAUCGACAUCGACAUCGACAUCGACACAGCAUUCGUUUGUCUCUGAUAGCACAGACUACCAGCCCACUCCCACCCGGCACAAUACCAGUGAAGCUAUUGAGUGGCCACGUAUCGCAUACAGCAUGAUUGAGCCCAAAUGGGUGUUUGACGGACGGGGUCUGCUGGACGUGAUGGAGCUGGAGAAAUUGGGACUGCGGGUGGAUCGUGUGGGACGGCGUACAGUGCUCCAUGUUUAA